GGCGUCAAUUACAUCUAGAUUUAUAUGCCGGCCAUUAUUCUCGAGUUGGUGACCUUUGCACACACAAGUUCACGAGCACAGAUACCAAGGAAGAUCCGCCACGGUCAGCCGUCUAACAGUGAUCAUGAAAUUGUUGGUGUUGUGUGCGUUCCUUGCUGUGGUAGCGGCAGCCCCUCAAGAUAUCGACAUUAUAAAAUACAAUGUAAACAACGAUGGACUUGGUGCUUACAAUUUUGAGUACGAACAAAGCGAUGGAACGAAGUUUGAUCAAACUGGAGAAGUACGGAAUCCAGGGUCUGAGAAAGAGUUUGUGGUGGUAAAAGGUUCAUACUCUUGGAUCGCUCCUGAUGGUCAUGCGUACUUAAUUGAAUACGUCGCUGAUGAGAAUGGCUUUCAACCAACUAUCUCACAAGGUUAUGCUGAUUCCAUAUCCCCUAAGGUACUAGCGCUACUCCGCGAAUAAUUUUAUUGUUUUAAAU